AUGACGCUUUCAGUUAACCCUUACGGAGAAAAAUCAUAUUGGGAUGAAAUAUAUGAGAAGAAACCAGAGAAUUUUGAAUGGGUUGAGAACUAUGACACAUUAAAGGACUUUAUCACUUCGCAUGUCAAUAAAUCCGACAAAAUUUUGAUUCCAGGUUGUGGAAAUUCUGAACUUGGACCAGAAAUGAUAAAGGAUGGAUAUACAACGAUCGAUAAUACAGACUUUUCACAAGUUGUUAUUGACCAUAUGAAGAAAAUUCAUCCAGAUCAAAACUGGUUUGUAGACAAUUGUAGAAAAAUGAACAUUCCGGAUAACACAUAUGAUGUUGUUCUAGAGAAAAGUGUUAUUGAUGCUCUUGUUACACGAGACGAUGAUGAAGCCGCAGUUUUCGAAACUCUUUCAGAAUACACUCGAGUUUUGAAGAAAGGUGGUCAUGCAUAUAUUAUCUCAUUUGGUCAAGCUCCUGAUAGAGAAGACUACUUCAAAGCAGCAAAUGCUACAUGGAAAUACGAAGGAUAUAUCAAGCUGCCAAGAGAAGUUGCGCCAAAUAAUUAUAGACAUAUAUAUACAAUCAGCAAGCCAUAA